AUGGUAUCGAGAGGGAAAAAGAUACUGGAAGACAUACAUCCUUUGAAUAUAAUACGUGAAGUGCAAAAAUGGCCCGUUUUGUACGAGAAAGAUAGUCCGGAGCGUGCGAAUUUACACUUUAAGAACAAGAUAUGGUAUGAAGUGGCGAAGUCACUUUUCCCUGAUUGGGAAACAUUGGACGAGAGGGAAAGAGAGUGUAAAGUUACAGAUCUCGUAAAGAAAUGGCGUAACCUUCGCGAUACUUUCAACCGACAACUGGCCACCGAGAAGAAAAUUCGAGAAGGAUACGACAUAAAAAAGAAAACAUACGUUUACUUCAAACAUAUGCUCUUUCUGUUACCUCACAUGUCAUGUCCAGAAAACGAAACUGCUGAUCCGAUUUUAGAACCCAAACUUAACGAAUUCUUCAACAAACGCGAUAAGCGAAAAGCUCCCAAGGAUAAAGAUCAGACUAAAAGAAAGAAGUACACACCAGAGUUGUCAUCAAAACCUGUGACACAGGAAGAAAUCGAUGAAGACCGACACUUCCUAAUGUCUCUAAUACCAUCAUUCAAAAAGAUGUCUGAUGACGAAAAAUUAACCGCUAAAGUUGAAAUAUUGAAGGUAAUAAAGAACGUUAGAAGACACUCUCUUCCAGUGGAGUGUAACAUUCCAGUUUCAGAUUCGUUGUAUAACGAAGAUGUUGGUACAGCUGACCUUGGGGAGAUCAAAGUUGAACUACUUCAAACUGAUGGCAAUGAUACGCAGUCAAUUGAUACAGAGUCUGGUGACAGUAAUUCAGAAUAG